AUGUCCUACCCCACUGAGCAACAGUACGUAGAACAAGCAUCAGCAGCUUUAGAGUUGGUUGAGAAAUAUGCUCAAGAUAAACUCUCCAGAUUCCCUCACCAUGACUUCAGUUCGGAUUCUCAUACUGAAGAAGUUAAAGUGUUCUCUGGACCACCAAAUGAUGUGCCUGGAGCUAAGGAGAACAUGCUGAAGAUGAACACUUUACUGAAUGUAAGAGAUUUUAUUUUCUUUUUUAUGUUUAGGUUCAAUUUUUUUUUGCUGUAGCCUUAGUCUCAGUCUUAGCCGCAGCUCUAGUCUCAGUCCUAGCUUCAGCCUUUUCCUCAGCCCUAGCCUCAGCCCUAGCCUCAGUCUUGGCCUCAGCUCUAGCCUCAAGCCUAGCCUCAGCCCUAACCUCAGCCCUAGCUUUAGUCCUAGUCUUAGCCUUCUUGGCCUUUGCAUUUUGUUAGUCUUAGCUUUGCCUAAGCUUUAGUCGUAGCCUUAGCUCUAGCCUUAACCUUGGCUCUACCCUAGCCGCAGUCUUAGCCUUAGCUUUAGCUUUAUCACUAGUUCUAGUCCUAGUCUCUUUCUCAGCCGUAUCUCUAGCCUUAGGCUUUAGCACUAGCUUUAGCUCUAGCCAUAGUUCUAAUUUUGUUCUUAGCCUUAGCUUUAGCACUAGCCCUAGUCUUAAAUUCAACCCCAACCUCAGCUGUAAGCUUAGCCUUGCCUUGCUAUAUCUUUCCUUGCCUUACCUUAUCCUACAAUUAAAUUAGUACUGUAAUAUAAAAUACGUUUCAGGAAUCAGUGGAAAAGUUGUUCGACAAAAUAGUGCCAUUUGGCCCACAACGAAAACAAUGGGACAUUCAAAUUGAAAAGCAAAAAGUUUUACAGAAAAUUGGAGACGAUGUGUAUGUGGUUCAUACUGUAUUCAAACAUCGUGGUGUUCUGCCGACCAGGGAAUCUGUGGUCGUUUAUAAGGUAAAAUACGAUUUUUAGUUUUUGCUCUGAAAAAAGUCAUUUUUUAAAUUGGAAUUUUGAAAUGAAAAUUUAAAUUUUUUCUUUGAAACUUCAAAAUUCCAGGUCAAAAAGUCAGAGAACGAGACCUAUGUAGCAGGAGUCAGUACCACUCAUCCUGAUGCUCCAGAAUCUUCAGAAGUACAACGUGCCCAGUACCACUUUAUCGGAUAUCGCUUCAAACACACUGGCUCUAACUAUACCAAGCUUCGAGUGUAUUGGUGUGCUGACCUGAAUCUACCCCCACAUGCCCCUAGCGACUUCAAGCAUGGCCUUUUAAAUGAAUUUGUCAAAAGUCUGAUCGCUUCUGGAGUCAAGUCGAUCAACCCUAAUCCAGUCAAUUAUCAUCCUUAA